CCCAUCGUCAUUUCCAGCGAUCGCGAGUGUAACCCAACGGGAUUGUGCAACAUCCAUGUGCUCACUGAACAGUCGAGACGGGGCCAUACAAGAAAUAUCUCCUUCCCUCGAAGAUUUCCAGCUCCCUUAACACCAAUUUCGCAUCGAACCAUAGUGUACAUCGAGUCAUCAACAUGAUGAGAAGAAUGUACACUUCAAGUGUCGACAAAGCUACGGCGAAAGAACCGCCAUUGUUUACUGUAGGGGUUCAAGUUGUAUUGCCGGCGCCGAUGCGCGGCUUCAAAGAAAUUGAGCCAUCGAGUCUGGAUCUGAAGGCGGUAUUUUCUUGCAUAGAGGCGCAAUACGAAUGCAAGAUCGACAUUGAUGAAAAUGGUACUGCCAUUACUGUCAGAGGCAGGAACAGGGAGAGGGCAAACCGAGCCAUUACCGAGAUCCGGGAGCACUUGCGUUACGAGCAAGGAGGACAGAAUAUCUGGCGAGCGCAGUUCCUAAUCCACGCCCCGCGCAACGGCACAGAACAAUUUAGAGCAUCGCUCCAAUCCAAUGGAGGAGAUCUUGGCGUCCGCCCUAUGGCGGUUGGCGGCUCGAACCCGGAGUCGUCUACGCCAGAUGGCUUUGCCGCGGCCGAGGUCGAAUACAAGCAAGAACUGAGACGAGCUCUCGACCGCACAGCCAGAACCUUGAGACACGACCCAAACGCCAUGCGAAUGAGGGUUCAAUUUGGCAAGGUUGCCCUGGACGAGUGGAAGAGAGGAAAGACAGAUUACACCUUCAACGAGCUCCAAAACCUUGUCCGCCGUAUUGGAGUCAGAGGCACUGGCCGGAUGAUGGACGUGGUCGACAAGAAGGUCGCAAAAGCCCUGAAGGUUCGACUUUCUGCAGCUGAUGGGGACCUGCCGGAGUCUGUGCGAAGGUACCUCGAACCGCCAGCGGAACCCGCCUAUUCUCUUGUCUUGGAAACCAAGAACCUACGUGUCGAGACUACGUUCGAAUUGGUUCAAGCCAAAGGGAGGCUACGGGAGAAGACGAAGCCACUCAAACAGUAUACGCCUGGUCCGUUUGUUGCCCACCGACAAGAAAAACGCGAACAAAAGGUGGAGGUGAUAACAUCAUGCCCAGAGAGUUCUCACGACUGGGUUCUCGAGAUUUGCAAGGUGGCCAGUCUCUCAGAUGACAGCUCCUCUGUUCCCUUCACCGUCAAGGAUCUGGAGAUGAACCUAAGAUUCCAAGGAGAUGCUCUCGAAGGAGACUUCCCCAAUAUUAUGCUGUCCGACACUUUCAUCAAAGCUUACGACAUAGAGAAAGUCCUCGGAAAAGUUACGUGGAAAUACACGAUAAGCUUACAGUACAAUCUCGAGAUCAAUCUGUUCCACAUAUGGGGAAAGGACACCAAGUCGCCGCCGAUCACUAUGGGUGGUGUCAUGCUGUACAGCGAUGAUUGGGACGACGAAAUGAGCUCCAGUACUUCCCAGUCCCGAGAGUGGGAUGAGAGCUUCGCCACCCAGUUCUUGAAGCCAAUCGACGAAGAGGAUGGCGGCCCAGGAGAGCCUGGCACAACUCAAGACUCACUGGACCACUUCCUCUCUUGGGUUCACUGGAUACAGAGGAUGCUUGACGACGAGCUGAGAGAUCGCGGCGACUGAUGAGGCCGCUGUUAUCACGGAACUGCUUGUGUGAAUAUGCACAUAUGUACUGACUUGUUUGGUUGAUGUUUGACUUGUUGGGCUCGGUG